CUGAGUGCAGCUUUUCAUGUUUUUUUCUGUUGAAAUGUCUGAGUGUUUGUUAAGUGUCAAUAUGAUGUCGAUAUAAGGGAAACAUUUCACGUGUCAUUCUAAAAGGGCUCGCUCUUAUUUUGAAGAAUAUUGAAUAUAAAGAUCUGAAAACAAAAGAUUGUAAUUUGGAAAGUUUAAAGAACUUAAUGUUGGGUAAAUAUAGAUAAUGAUUUACACCAUGUGGAAAUCAACAGUACUAUUAUUCCUCAUUUACGUUGACAAAGUAGCACUUGAUUGUGGAGACACUGCUGCUGAUAUUGUUUUUAUUCUGGAUUCCAGUGGGAGUGUUGGCUUAGGCAAUUUCGAAAAGACUAAGGAAUUUUUCAAGGCGAUGGUAGAUGGAUUUCAAAUUGGUCCCAAAACUGUUAGAAUAGGUGCUGUGCCAUUCAGUACUCUUGUGCACAAUACAUUUCAACUUACGUCAUUUUAUUCGAAAUCUGCUCUCAAGUCUCGUAUUUCUAACAUCCCUUAUGUGAGUGGUGGUACAAACACUGCUGAUGCUAUCGAGUACGCUCGAACUACAAGCUUUGGGUCGUUUGGCAGAAACGAAAGUCCUAAAAUAGCGGUUAUCAUUACUGACGGUAAGUCGAAUAACAAGGCUCUGACAUUGUCGGAAGCCCAACUUUUACGCAACGAUGGCGUCAUAAUCUUCUCUGUCGGUGUCGGUGACGGUGUGGAUGCGUCUGAACUUCAGGGAAUGGCUACGAAAGCUAGUUAUGUGUUUGAUGUGUCUACUUUCAGUGCUUUGAACUCAAUUAGAGAUAAACUAGCACGAACAACAUGUGAAGUAAUUUCCUGUGGUCAUCCCGGUGUUAUGAUAAAUGGUUUACUUCAUGGGAAUGACUUUUCUCAGGGUAAAAAUGUGACCUACAGCUGUAAGUCUGGCUAUAAACUUGUGGGCAAUCAGCAGAGGACGUGCCAAAGCAAUAAAAUUUGGUCUGGAAGUCUACCAUCAUGCAUCUACGUAAAUACGUGCAAUAGUAAUCCAUGUCAAAAUGGCGGAAGUUGUAUUGACGGUGAGAAUAAAUACACCUGUAACUGUAUCCAAGGUUACACAGGUGUUCACUGUGAAAAAGAUAUCCAGCCACCGAUUGUUAAGAGCUGCCCGUCUAAUAUACGAAAUACAUCAUCCUCACGGUUCAUCAACAUCUCGUGGCCAGCACCUACCUUUUACGACCCAUUUGGUCACAAUGUAACUGUUAAGACUAAUUACCCGAACCACGGAUCCAACUUUUUCUGGGGAGACUACACGGCUCAAUAUACAGCUCUAAAACCUUUCAACGGACUUAGUAGCUAUUGUGUCUUUAAUAUUACAACAAGACCUAAUCCUUGUCCAAAUAUAUCUGCUCCUUUGAACGGUGCUCUGGUCUGUAAUGGAUGGAAGAGAGAAUUUGUACGCGUAUGUAUUGUAUUCUGUCAAACAGGAACCCGACCUAGUCCAGGUCAUGACCUCCGGUCAAAGUAUUUCUGUGGUGGAAGUGGUCAUUGGAUGCCUAAAGAACUACCUUCAUGUGAAAAAUCAACCUAUAAACCAUCUGGGAUAGCAGCCUUUUCAUUUUUCCAAUCUUGUGAUGAAAAACAUAUAAAUCGGAUGAAGAAAGGAUACAUAUCUUUCCUCAGGAAGACGUCGGCUAAGAAUGUUUGCUUAAAGUUUAAGGAUCUUUGCAAAGCAGAAAAUGUUGAUGUUCAGUGUAAAGCAUCAAAGAAAGGGUUUCCUUCUUAGUGUAUCAGUUCCAAAGAAUUUAUAACCUUUUUCACUUUUGCAAUGUGAAAAAACCUACAAAUUUUAAAACUAGAUGAAAGACAUUGCUUUUGCACUAUGUAGGUGUAAAGAAAAAUUUUCUAAGGAAAAUAUUACAUUAUAUACAUAUGAAUACAAAAUAUUUUAUUUUUUUUUUGUAUUCCAGCCUAUAUUUGAUUAAUAUCCAAGAGGAGCACAAAUUAUUUCUGUAUAACCUGGUUUGGUUUGCGAAUUAUAAAGCGUAAACUGACCAAGACCAGGUUAUACUCGAAUAAUUUGGCCAAGAAUUAGAGUAAUUCCUUAAAUAUCAUAAAUACCUUUAAUAUAAUAAAUAUGAAUAAUUUAUGGUAUCCGAGCAAUAACAACCCUUUUAUUAAUGCAUACCAGAUAUACAAUGGCUGAACACUUAGUAUUAUGUAGACAAAAUCUGCAUAUUUAAUAUCAAUAUGUAAGAGCAGAUUGUACUAAUUUUUAAACUUUGACCUGUCCUUGAAGAGUCGUUUUGAACAUAUUUUAUUGGCAACAUGUCAAAGGGAUUGGACACAAGUUCAAAAAACUCAGAUAGUCCUCCCCCAUGCAAGAGAAGAGUUAUUCCCCUUUGCUUUUAAUAAAUAAAAAUCAAUUUUUUUUAAAAUACUUAAUGAUUGCAUAAAACUAUUCACCAUAGCAUGUUUUGAUAUUCUUAAGUUUAAUUUUUUUUUUUAAAACUUUACUUGUUCCAAUAUACAACAAUGUAUUCUUCAUUAAUUAAUAACUGCUUAAGUAUUUAUAUGUUUAAAAAAAUUUCCUAAAAAGCCUUUUCUAAACAGCUUUGAAUUAGUUUCAGAGUAUAUAAUACAGGAUGGAUAUUUAUUAUUAGAAAAUUAUGUCCUAAUAUGUGCUGAAAACCUUAAUGGCCACAAAAAUUCAAAGACUAAGUAUAUUUUAUAUACAUCUUAGCAAUGUAGUGAUCGACAUUUCAAAAGUGAUAUAUUUCUUGUACAUAUUUUGUUGCUGUGUUGUAUAUUAAAGUCAAAAUAGCUUGAUAGCGCUUUCUAUGUCAUAACUAGACUUUUAAUAAAUAUUGCCGUACUUACCUUAUCUGAUUAUUUGU